AUGGACCCUGCUUUGAAGUCGAAAUACCGAGUUACUGACAGCUUACCUGCACCAGAGGAUGUGUUAAGACCAGAUUCCAAAUUCCCCAGUCAUGCAUGCCAAACUAAACAUGAGUCUUUGAGUUCCGUGAAGGUCGUUUCACCAACAGAGGUGAUUCGCCUGUAUGAAAACCAACUUGCAUACUAUGGCCGCGAAAGUUCAGACGACUAUGCAUCGACCUCAGAAGAACAAGAUUUAUUUGAUCCAGUGGGUGAAACUACACACGAUUCCCAGGCACAACCAGGCCUUGCCAAACUAUAUUGUUGUAUCCAUCCUGGUUGUGGAUACAUAUUGGAUAAUAUGACAUCAUUCCGGAAUCACGUAGCUACUCACACAAAACGACUGUCCGCCACCAACUUCCCCAAGUCUGAAAAAAGCCACUUUCGCAGCCACCAAUUGGAUUUAUACAAUGCUGGACGAGAGUUUAAAUGUGAACAUCCCGGAUGCGGGCGAACCUUUCAAACCGAUCACCAUUUGCGUUUACAUCAAGUAGUACAUGGGACUGCCAGUCCGGUACAGUGUGACUACCCAGGUUGCUUUCGUCGUUUCUUAUCUUCCCCUGGAAUGAUGCGUCACAAGGAAGUCCACCAUGGGGUCAUUCAACCCCGACAACGUCUCACCUGUACGUAUCCUGGCUGUGGCCGAACUUUUGCUUCCGGUAACUCAUUGCGCCAGCAUCAUAAUGUACAUUCGAAAGAACGCGUUUAUCUUUGUGAUUACCCUGGCUGUGAAUAUCAAUCUUUGUAUCAGAACUCCUUGGAUCGCCAUAAGGAGACACAUAAGAACAAGCAAGAUCGACUACAGUACCGAUGUCGCUAUCCCACAUGUACUGUAGCCUACGUCUGUAAGUCCAUGGUGGAGGUUCACGAACGUAAGCGUCAUGGCGCUCCCCUACUUAUGUGUCAAUUUCCAGGCUGUUCGAAGGGCUUCACCACGUGGGCUAAACGCAGCCGUCACCACGGUGUACACCGUCGGCGUUUGGAAAAAGAAGUAAUCUCAACGGUUCGGAAAUUCAACAGUCACCUUUCGUCAGUAUCCAUAACUUUGGAGCCAGUAACGGAAUCGGAGUUCCCGGAAUCCCUAGCCGGACUGUGCCCUACAUUCGUC